AUGGACCCCCUCCCCGAGUACUCUCAGUUCCUGGUCCGGAUCCUGGAGGAGCUGGACACCAAGCACAACACCAUGUCCUACCAGGACCUGUGUAAGUCCCUGUGCGCUCGCUUUGACCUGGUGCACCUGGCCAAGCUCCGCAGCCUGCUCUUCUACACUGCCUGCCUGGAUCCCGCUUUCCCAGCCACGCUCUUCAAGGACAAGAUGCGCUGCUCCAUGGAGGAUCCGCAAUCCAAAAAGCUCAUGGUGGCAGCAGACAUCGUCACCAUGUUCAACUUGAUCCAGAUGAACGGAGGCAUAGCCAAAGACAAGCUUCCCAUGACGCACAGAGCCAAGUUCCACAAGAACAAGUCAGUGGAGCUGUGCAGGUCUGACUCUGAUGCCUAUAAGUAUCAGGACUGUGACAGAGGGCUCGGUUACGAGCGCAUGGAUCACUCCAGGGAUGGACACCACCACCACCACCACCAUCAUCACCACCGCUCCCAGCAGCACCCUGUGGCUCAGAGUGCCCCUCCCUGUCCUAAACUAAAUGAGUGCAAUAACUGCCAGCAGUUUAUUCCCAGCUCAGACCCUAACUUCCUUCUGGGGGUCAACAAGGACCUGAAAUGUAGAGCAGCCUCUCUGGACAAACUCCACCAUCUGCCCCAGUACUCUAGCAGCAGUCCGCCCUCUCCACCCUGCGAAAUGCAGAGUACCUACUUUCCCAUGGACAUCGACAGCGAGUCUACCACCGACCAGGAGUCCCUGCAGCACAUCGGCCACCAGGAGCCCUUCUCUGUUCACUCCUGCAUCCAGAAGAGGAACAUCUUUAAGGAGGACUUUCACAACUUUGUGGCCUUCUCACCACAGGUCAUCACCACUGAGUCCAAACAGGCCAGUAAGGCUGCUGAAGGCUACCACAGGAGGGAGCUGCACAAGCCUGCCACCUUCUUCAACCACAGCUUUGAACUGCCUUACAGUAACCCCUACUUUGAGCCGACACUCAACUCCCCUCUUCAGGACAGACGGAGGGUGAAGCACGAGAGCCUGGACGACUUACAGGCAUCCACAUACUUUGGUCCGACCACAGUCUCUGAGUGCGUCAGCAGCAGGAAGCCCAGUAACAAAGCAGGAAAGCAGCCGGCGUGGCCAGUGAAGAGCCUCAGUCUCAACACAGAAGAGGGGCCUCCGGACUUUGAGAGGUCAUUUCUGAACAGCAAACCACUCAAAGAAAACCACCAUCGCACCAUCAGCAUCAUUAGCACUGACAACGAGCAGCAUUUUCAGAGCCCGAAGGAAAAGGCAGUAGCUUCUCCUUCUGGUUUUGCAAAGAAAGCUAAUGGAAUAAAAACCAAGGAUGUAGCACUGAUAGCAGCUGGGACUGGGGGUUUGGACAAAAGAGAAGCAGCCAAAAGGUUUAGGGACAAAAAUAUAAACAGUCCGUCUUUUCAGGGAGUUGACAGCUCCUCCAGUGUUGGGACUCAAACGGAGCAGGCUGAGCAGAAGAAAGCCAAGGAAUACCCAGCUAAGUACGGUGACAGAGAAAGAUGCGCCUUCAAACACUCUGAUGAGGACUCUGAGAUCGUUAGUGAUGACAUAAGUGAUAUUUUUCGUUUUCUGGAUGACAUGAGUGUUUGUGACUCUCUGGGCAUUGUCCAGUCGUCAUGCUACAACAGCACUGGGUCUCUCUCUCAGGUAACGCUGAAAUCUGAAGGCGACAGCUCCCCUGAACGCAACACGGUCAAACUAGCCAAGUCCAAGCUGGACCGCCUCUUCCAUUCACUGGAAAACACUGACGAUGAGCUCAAAUCAAGUGUGUGUAAGCUGGUGAUGAGGAUUGGUGAGAUUGAAAAGAAGCUUGAGUCUCUGUCGGGGGUUCGCAGUGAGAUCUCCCAGGUGCUCUCCAAGCUCAACAAACUGGACGAGAAGAUCCAGGAACCCGAGGCCAAUGGAAGACACAGGGAGACGGCGUCUGCGUCUGGGUGCAAUUCCACCCCUGACAAGUCGCACCCUCACCCUCAACCCCAUCUCGACACCACCCUCUCACCCCGUGUUUUCCAGUGUCACACGACAGGCCACAAUGUCAAAGUGGACAAUGGUCCCAUGGGGGAGUGGUGCUGCUCUGAUGGGAGUAACAGUGACAGCCUCAGGGUGAAAGCUCUGAAGAAGAGCAUGCUCACCAGGAGGUCAUCCCGCUCGCUCAACGAGGAGAACAGUGCCACUGAGUCAAAGGUUGCCAGCAUCACCAACUCUCCACGGGACUGGAGGACAGUGUCCUACUCCUGCCACCCUGGAGACGAGGGCAAGGAGAAGGACAGAGACAGCAAGGACAGACACCGGAAGGCCAAAGAGCGAGAGCGUCAAUAUGAACUCCCCCAGGCCCACCAUCCCUCCAACUCCCACCCACCACUGAUCGAACAGGUUUUCUCACCGCACCCCUUCACCCCGUCCAUCAAGGCCCAUGUGAAAGGCAGUCACCUGUACACUGACCUGAGGCUCACCAGUCUGACAGAUGCCAAGCGUGGCCAGCCGUCCUGGACCAUUGAGGAGUAUAAACGCAACUCAGGAGAGAAAGGAAAGCAGCUCACAGCUCUGGACCUGCAGACCCAGGAGUCCCUAAACCCCAACAACCUGGAGUACUGGAUGGAGGACAUCUACACACCAGGCUAUGACUCACUUCUCAAGAGGAAGGAGGCAGAGUUCAGGAGGGCCAAGGUGUGUAAGAUCGGAGCACUGAUCGCAGCUGCUACCUGCACUGUGAUCCUGGUCAUUGUUGUUCCAAUUUGCACCAUGAAAUCAUGA